GCCCUGGCGGCUCAGGCCCCUCUCAGCAUCUCCUCCCUCUGCAGGGGGGAGGCAGGGCAAACUGCCCGUCACAGCCUUCGAGGCCUUCGACCUGGAGACGAGGAGCUGGACGCGCUAUCCCAGCGUCCCCAGCCGGCGGGCCUUUGCCGGCUGCGCCAUGGCUGAUGGCUGCUUCUUCAGCCUUGGGGGCCUGCAGCAACCGGGACCCCACAACUUCUACUCCCGGCCCCACUUUGUCAACACGGUGGAGAUGUUCGACCCGGAGCAGGGGGCCUGGAGCAAGCAGGGCCGCGCCGUGCGCAUGCGGGAGAAGAGAGCCGACUUCGUGGCUGGCUGCCUCGGCGGGCGAGUGGUGGCGGCCGGAGGCCUCGGGAACCAGUCGUUUCCCCUGGGCUCAGUGGAAGGAUUUAGCAUACCAAGGAAGAAGUGGGAGCUGCUGCCCUCCAUGCCCACCGGUCGUUGCUCCUGCUCCAGCUACCAGGCCCCGAGCCUGCUCUUCGUGAUCGGAGGGGUGGCGCAGGGCCCCAGCGGCGCGGUCGAGGCUCUGUGCCUGCGGGAAGGGGCCUGAAGGGAGCCCCUGGCAGAAGGAUCCCACCAACAGAGGGCAAAGUGCCUGAAGCUGGCGACGGGUGCGCGUGGGCGCGGAGAGCAAACUCUUUGGAGCUGGUGUGUAGCUCGUAGUUACUGACCUGGGGCACCAAAGCAGUGACGUCGUCUUUUGCUCGUUAGGCUUUCAGAAGCUGAAAUUCGUUUUCUAGCGUAGCUCAGAGAUGGGAGCGGUCGGACUGUUCUUGGGGGACAGGAGAGAAGCAGGACAGGGCAAGCAGCAGCGGAGUCUGGAAGGAGCUUCAAUGCAGGGGUGCAGUGUGGCUCCCCAGAGUAGCUGAAGGGACUUGGCGAUCCUGGGGAGCCCAAAGCUGGCUCUCAGGUGUCAGGUCCUGUCGCCAGCGCUGCACUUCGGGGAUGGGAGAAGCCUGCAGUGCAGCCACCUCCUUUCAUGGAGCUCCAGUGUCCGUCCAUCUGUCCCUCACAGUCUCUAGGGAGGAGAGCCAGCCCCUGGGUGGGGGAGCUGGUUUGAGCUGCCUGUUGUCCAGUGUGGAUGUCUGUGGUGUCUUUGUGCAGAUGUCUUAUGCUGCGCAGUGAGGAGCACCAGUGACUCGCGGGAGGCCAGAGGAGAGGCGAUGGGGCAGUGAGGCGUGAGCUGCUAGUCAGUGCUGUAUUGUUGUAGCCCUGGUCUGUGUCCCAUGUAGCACAUACGGUGCCCUGUAGCUCAGUGCCUAGGAGGUGCUGUAGCACCUCAAAUAAAUGAAACAAGUGGAAUUUGA